GAGAGGAGGAGGGGAGAAAGGGAGAGUGGAGGGGCUCCCAGAUUUUGAGUUUAUUCCUCAUGAUGUCUCCCGUCCUGGCUGGUUAUUUCUAGGGUCAUGAGUGCUGUUUUGAUGGAUUGUUCUGAUGAGAAAAGUAAACAGAUUGUGUGUGAGGCAGCUCUGGAAGAAAACACUGGAUGAGUAUGAGUAAAGCGGAAGUGGAGGAGAGCAUCAUGUCAUACCUGUCGCAGAGCGAGACUGACACCAGCCCCACAGACUUGAAUGUGGUGGCCAUGCUCCAUCACUUCUGGGAGCAGAGGCAGACAGCUCAGUUGAAUGGUUCCUCCAGUGAAUCAGAUGGUUCUGUUGGGGACGCCGCCAUCCAGACAGAGAGCCUGCUGCUGUAUGAGUCUGCACCGUCCCCCGGUCCUCCGUAUGUCUGCUAUGUCACUCUGCCUGGAGGAAGCUGCUUUGGUAACUAUAAGGUGUGUGACACCCAGGCAGAGGCUCGGAGGGAUGCAGCUCGCGUGGCCCUGAUGAACUCACUUGUGAACGAGCUGCCGUGUCGACGCAUCAACCCUCAGUUCAUCACUCAGAGUUUGCAGCAGGCGGCCACAGACAGUGCUGUGAGUGUCUCUAUAGAAGAUGCUUGUGACUCAAGCACCAGUAUAGGAACCUACAGUUUGCUGCUCCACUCCUACAUAGGAAGGACCAUGCUGGAGUUCCAGGAGAUGAUGACAAUUUUCCAGUUGUUGCAGUGGAACGGGACUCUGAAGGCUUUGAGGGAAAGGCAGUGCUCUCGGCAGAGUGUGAUUUCCUAUUACUCUCAGCGAGGACUCGAUGAGUACAUGCGCAGCAGCAUGGCUCUGGAUUGGCUUGGACGGGAGCAGAGGUCACCAGGGCUACUCGGGGAGGAGCUGCAGGUGGCGCAGAGGGAGCUGGUGUUGGCCCGCCGUCGAGGCAUUGAGCUGCGCUUCUACAAGGAAAAGACAGAGAUCCUCAGCUUGGCCCUGAGUCAGGCAUACAUUCACCACACACCUGAGGCCUUCAGCGAGGCGCCAAGUCACACAUACAAGCAAGAACAACUUCCUUUACACACAUUUUACAGCCAGAACACAGGAGUCCAGAUAACCCCACCCUGCAGUCCAUCAGCAACCCUCCAUAAAAGCACAAAACAAACAGUGUGUCAAACCUCUGGUAAAUAUAUGCCCUCCUAACAUUCCUUCACCGUGCUCUCAGCAGACUUAUGUGCCUUUUAAAUGGCUUUGAAUAGACUGAAGCAGAAGGUAGAGGAUGGACAUCAAUUGACUCUGUUAAUGAGCUUAAACUGGAGAUCUGACAUCUGCCUGGGAGAACAGAGCAUAUCAUAGUCAUAGUCUUUAGGUUGUCCGUAAACAUCAGAGUCAUCAUGAGAGUUACAAAUAUUGUGUAGUAAUUAUGAUCUAACUUUAUUAACAUGGUUUGUGUCUAUAUGAAUGAGCCUUAAAGGUACUGUAUGUGUAAUGUAUUUACAACUUUAACCACAAGAAAUACUGUUUUCAAAUGAUUUAAAGGAAGACUUCACCCACAAAAUGACCAUUUGUAAAUCAGUUAGUCAUGCCCUGUUACCUUGAAUGCGUUAAAAAGAACAUUGUUUUUCUCUCAUGCCUCCACGGAAAACGGUGAAACAUUUUGAUUUAUUGAUUGGCAAGGGACCACAUUUAAGCCGGCAGUGGAGAUAGUAACAGCGCCAAUUUGACAUCUGUGUAAAAGGGACAGCUGGCAGGACAGGACAAUAGAUGGCAAUGUGUUAUAUUCAUGACCCACUGCCCGGGGAGAUUUAAAAAGCAGUUAGCAGCUGACGCAAAGAAAAAGAACAGCAGCCAAAAAUGACCUCAGAUUGGGGAGACAAAGAGGUCCAGGAGCCCCUCACCCUCCGAGCAGAGGAAGAGAUCAGUCACCAUAUAACAGGGACAGUAAAUGAUUCCUAUUGCCAUGUUAUGCCACUGUUAUUGUGGGGGAAAAAACAAGGCAGCGUAAAGGAGGGAUGUUGCUUUAGAGCAAGAUCUCAGAUUAAAAGGGGCCCACAUCUUAUUUAUCCAGGUGUGUGCUCAGUACCUUAGUAUUGGAGUCUGGAUUUAAAGGCAGGAUAUAUAAGUUUCACUUUCAGUUAAGUGCAGUUCACAGAUGCUUGUGUUUGGGAAGUACUGAGCAUAAGACUGGUUGAAUGAGACUUGAGGAUUAUACUGCACGAGUUAUGUGAGAGUUUGUAAUCAGAUGUUUUGAUAUAGUUUUGCUGUUGUUUAAUGUGGUCCCCAAUAAAUCAAUAUGUUCACCUUUUUCCGCGGAGGCACAAGAGAAAAACAAAGUCUUCUUCACAAAUUCAACACAGCAUGACUUACUGAGAUACAGCUGAGGAUUUUGUGGGUGAAGUGAUACUUUAAAUCCAUUUGUAGAAAAUGUAGUUUAUUAUUUUUGUAUGAAGAGCUCCCUACAUCACUGCCUUAGCUUAUGUAUAUGUUCAAUUAUGUUGUGCAUUAUAAAAGUGUUAUGAUACACAAUUUCACCUGUAACUUAAAAUAUAGAGGUUUUAAGAAGCUAUAUUUAGCCAGUGAGCUGUGUCAUCUACCAGAGCACUCAGUACUUCUCCAUGCCUCACUCUCUCUCUCUUUCUCUUUCUCCCUCUCUGUCUAGCAUGUCAUCUGGUGUCUCCAGUUCCUAAAUAGAACUGUGUGUCAGGGCGAUUCACUCACUCACUCACUGACUGUGUGACAUGUGUGAUGACGUGUUGGCUGGAUGCUAUGAGACAGAGAGUCUGUUGUGAUUGUGACACACAUUCAUUUGAUAAUGUCAGAUAGGAAAUGGCUGGUAACACCAACUGCAGCUAUGAACCAGCACUUACUGUGUUCCUUGUCAUAAAAUGCAAACAGGAUAGAGCAUUUGAUUAUCGUUUUGGUGUCUAGUUGAGAGGUGCCAGUAAAUGCAUUUUAAAGGGAAGAUGUUUUUUUAAGAUCACUGUAAUAUACAUUUGUAAAUAAAUA